UGAGGUUUGAAUUGCGAAGCGCUUCAUUCUGUGUUUGUUUGAUGUGUCGCUGUUAAUUUAUUGAACCAAAAAACGUUUCUUGUUAUAAAUUAUGAAGCUCUUUUUUAGUAGCGAUUGAUCGGUAAGAAAGAAGGAUGAAUCAGAACCCGCAAUCGAGUGAUGGAAGAGGCGACGAUGACACUGCUCUCUCCGAUUUCCUUGCUUCCUUGAUGGAUUACACUCCCACUAUACCUGAUGAAUUGGUGGAGCAUUACUUGGCCAAGAGCGGUUUUCAGUGUCCUGACGUUCGAUUGACUAGAUUGGUAGCUGUUGCCACUCAAAAGUUUGUUGCUGAAGUUGCUGGAGAUGCACUUCAGUAUGUUUAUUUUACUUGUGUUUUUGGUUGAAUCUUUACCUUCUAGCUUUUAUUUUAUUUAUUUUUAACCUUAAAUUACGCCAUCACAACUAACUAUUCAUGUGUUAGUUAUCUUUAGACAUAUUCUUACGUUGAAGUUGUUUUCUUGUUUCCUAAAAGUUUUGAAAUUUUUGCAAAUGUUAGUUCAUGCUCGAGAGAGGAGCUUAGGAGUGUGUACAGGGUA